AACAACAACAACGAAAAAGGAAAAGGAUAGCGUGAGAAGAAAGAAGAGAAGAUGGAAGACGACCACCAGCACGAACACGACCAGCAUACAACGCACCGCGACCAGCACACACGAGGAAAGUUUUUCAUGGAGAACACAGGGUCUGAUUCGGAGGUGGAGAGUAUGUCUACGACGAGGGUGGGUAGGAGGAGUGGUACACCUACUACUCCAACUCCAACUGCUACCACAGCUCGUCGACGUAGCUUCCCAAUCCCUAUUCCUCCCGAAACACGAACAACCGAAGGAACCCGAACAACCGCCUCCCCACCCCCACCUCCCUCCUCCUACACCUACCCCUUCCAGCCGUAUCCCUUCCAAGCGUAUCCAGGGAACCCGGAUCCUGGUACUCCGAUUCCAAACACGGGGUACUAUGGGGGAUACUCGAGACGCUCGUCGUCGAUGGAGAGUCUGAGUGUGCGGAGGAGGUCGGGUGGGUUCUCGGAGGAGUCUGCGCAUUCUAAUUCGGGUGUGGGUGUGAAUCCCCCUGCGUCGUUGGGGCAUGGGGAAGAGGAAGUAUUAGGGAGACCCGUGGCGCCGUUCAUGACUAACGGAAGAGGAAGGUCCCCGAGGAACACGUUGUAUAGGAACUCCGCUGCUGCUGCGACGCUGACCACCAAAGGGUCUAGUCAGAACUUGAGCGAAGGGACGACAUCGAGACCGGGGAGUAUGAUAUUCCGAGCCCCGUUUUUGUCUCCUGCAUCGAGGAACUCGUCGACUGUGUGGACUCCGCCUGCGUAUACACCUCAGCAGGCACAUCCACAUUCACAGCAGCAUCAGUCAAUCUCCCCAUCAGGGUCAACCACCGCUCUUUCCUCACUAGUCCGCAAAGGCAAACCCCCUGUCCCCUCCACGUUAUUACCAAACGGCAAACUCACCAACUCCGACAAACCCUGGCUGGGCGCUCCCCACCCCAGAGACCGCCUCGCCAAGAUCCUCACAUACGGAUGUAUCCUCCUCGGACUCGCCGGUGCCGCUCUGCUCUGUUUCUUCGAUCUGCGAGGUCUGGAUUUGUUGGAUGAGUCCCAUCUAUGUGUGGUGUUCGAGGACGAUUUCUCCGGCGACGCGUUGGAUACGGGGAAUUGGAAACGCACGGUUGCACUAGGGGGGUUCGGGAAUGGGGAGUUUGAGAUUAUGACGAAUAAGGAUGAGAAUUUGAAGAUCCAGAAUUCGAACCUCUAUAUUAUUCCGACGUUGACGAGUGCGGAUAUCGGGGGGACGUCAAGUAUCUUUGAUGGAUAUACGUAUGAUUUAGGAGACGCGUGUACGUCUACCAACACUUCCCAAUGUUCCGUUACCUCUUCCUCCAACACCACGUCGGUGAUCCCCCCCGUUCAAAGCUCCAUGAUCUCCACCAAUGGAACACACAGCAUCACCUACGGGCGCGUCCAAGUCCGCGCCAAGCUCCCCCUCGGAGACUGGCUCUGGCCUGCCAUCUGGAUGCUUCCCCAAAACAACACUUACGGCCCAUGGCCUCUCUCCGGUGAAAUCGAUAUCAUGGAAGCACGAGGCAACGCACCCACCUACCCCGCCCAAGGCACGAAUUUCGUGCGUUCCUCCCUCAACUACUCCCCCCUCCCUUCGUCGUUGCUGACGCAGAUCUUUGGAUGGUGGAGUAUGAAACAAGGCGGCUUCGACCGCGGGUUCCACACGUACACUCUCGAGUGGAGUCCCCAGUUCAUACGCAUGUAUGUGGACUCCCGUCUUCAAGCGAUGGUGGAAUUGGAGACCAAGACCCGUUCACAGUCGUUUUGGAGUAAAGGGGGGUACCCUGCUGUUGCGAUGAACGAUGUCGGUGCAGAGGUUCCUGUUACCGACAUCUGGGGGAGUGGGGACGGUUCUACCUCCUCUACUUCCGGUUCCGGUUCCACCGAUGCACCCGACUCCGACGAUAACAACAAUUGGUCCGCACCUUUCAACCAAGAGUUUUAUCUAAUCAUCUCGUUGGCGGCGGGUGGAACGUCCGGGUGGUUCCCGGAUAAUGUCGGGGGGAAACCGUGGGCGGAUGGGGAUCCGGGGGCGAUGAAGGCGUUUGCGGAGGCUCAGGACACAUGGAGCGCCACCUGGCCCACGAGCGAGGACGAUCGCGCGAUGAGGGUUGAUUGGGUUAAGAUGUGGAAGAUGUGUUGAUGUGUUGAGCCUGAGGACGAGGACGAGGACGAGGG